CGCUUCACUUGCUGAGAAACUCGGAUUUGUUUAUUGGUGACAAUUGGGGAACAGCUGUUUUGAUCGGCAAGUCGCUAGCUACAGCAAAUUUAGUGGCUAACUUAACGUGAAUCUAAAUUAUAUCACUGUUUUCUGCCUUUUAUAUUUCACGGUUAGGUUGAUUGGAGUUGAUCCGUCGUCAUGGAGCCUGCCUGCCGUAAAGACAAGCCAAAGCUGAACUCCACCCCGACCAGAGGAGACCGAGCCAAGCAGAAGUCUGCACAGCAAGAGCUAAAACAGCGACAGAGAGCAGAGAUUUAUGCCUUGAACAAGGUGAUGACCGAGUUGGAACAGCAGCAGUUUGAGGCCUUUUGUAAACAGAUGCAGUCACAAGGAGAAUGACGAGUCCUGCCUUCCUCUUUCUUCUGGACCAGGACCUCACACCAUGCUAAACCACUAUGUACUAUUAACGACACACAAUCACACCCUUACACUUACACUGAUGUUCAAUAUGACAAUCUUUGCUCUUUGAUGUUUUACUGACUGAAAUUCCUGACUCCUUCCUGAAUAUGCCGGAGAGUAUUGUUAUAAUAGACCGAUCGGAUUGUAGAAAACAUUGUAGGUAAAAUGUGUCCAAAAAAAGCUUCCAAAAAGCUGGAAGCAGAGUUGCAUAUUUCCUACAGACACAUCAGGUCUCCAACAUUUCCAACAAAUAUUAAUCUUUCUUAAAUGUAUGUAAUGGUUGAAGUGAGGGUGCGUGCUCUUUUUUUCAAUACUGUAAAAAUUAAGAUUUUGACCAGGUCAAACUUAGACAAGCUUUAAGUUAACUCACCCAAGAGGCACCAGUGUCGAUAGCUCUGGAAGGGCAAAGGUUAUGAAUACUUUUGUAUCAUCCGUCCAUCACUAGUAGUUGUUUAAAGCUUGUUGGAGGAACAAGUUUUCUCUGAGAAACAUCUAAUGUGCUUCAGACUUCCAACUACCAACAGAAGAACAAGACGUUGUUUUCCAGUGGUUCAUAAACAUCGCUUCAUGUAGCUUUGAAAUACACGAUGCCCUUAAUAUGCCAGUGUUAAUGGUGCUCACUUUGAACACUUGAUGUGUGAUUGACAUUGUAUGCAGUGCCAACUGGCCUGUCCAUGUAUAAUAUUGCAUUUUAUUGAUACAGGUUUUGCAAUCUAUACAACUUCUAUUUAUGUCUUAUGUCUCGUCCACUACUAAGUUAAGUUAUACAAUUUUGAUUCAAUGAAAAAUAAAAGUGACCUUUUUUUA